AAUGUUGAAGAUAUUGAAGCAAGAACUGAAGUUGAAGCUGAAGAUGGAGUUGAUGUUGAAAAUAAAGUUGAAGCUAAAGCUAUAGGUGUAGUCAAAGCUGAAAGUGAAAUCAAAGCUGAAGCUGAAGUAGAAGUAGAAAUAAAAAACCUUAUUGCAGAAAUCUCAUCUAAUUAUAUAAGAAUGAUGGCUGCUAGUGAUUAUAUUCGAACUAAUAAUAAUCUUGAAAUAGAAGAGAUUGUUUUGAAUGAAUUAUGA